AUGUUACUAAAAAGGUCAGGGUGGGAUCAGGGCUGGGGCGGGGUCAGGCGAGGGUCAGGGCAGGGUCAGGCAGGGCGGGCGGGGGGCGGUGGGGGGCAACGUCAGGCCAGCGUCAGGACCCUGGCAAUGGGCGUGGAGGCGGGGUUCCCCCAAGGCCCAGGGCAGCCUGCAGGGGUCCUGUGGCUACUGCUGCUGCCCGUGGCCACCCUGGAGCUGCGAGGGGCCCCAGUCACAGCCACGGCUGCCUCUGGCCCGGCGGCGGGUGCGGGGGGCGCGGCGGGGGGCGGCGCUCUGGCUCCCGAAGCACAGCGGUUGGCCCCGGGAGCCACAGGCAGCAGGGGAGUCUCCACAGGGUGCGGGAAACCCAAGGUGAUGGGGAAGAUCUUCGGUGGCCAGGAUGUGGUGCCUGGCCAGUGGCCUUGGCAGGCCAGCUUGCAGUACCAAGGCUCGCAUGUCUGUGGAGCUGUCCUCAUUAACUCCAGCUGGCUUGUUUCUACCGCCCACUGCUUUCUCAAAAAAUCCCACGCCCCGGAGAACUACCGGGUUGUGUUAGGAAACGCCGAGCUGCACCAGCGCACCCAGCACACCCGAGAGAUGCCCCUGAGGCGGAUUAUCACCCACCCAGACUUUGAGAAGUUCCAUCCCUUCGGGAGUGACAUAGCCAUGUUGCAGCUGCUCUUUCCUGUGAACUUCACCUCCUACAUCAUCCCUGCUUGCCUCCCAGUCCCUGGCAUGCAGCUACCCAGUAACUCAUCCUGCUGGAUAACUGGCUGGGGGAUGCUCAAGGAGGAAACGCCUCUGCUCGAAUCCUUCCAUCUCCAGGAGGGUAAGGUGGGCUUCAUCGAGAACAAGUUCUGUAAUAUAUUAUACGGACUUAGAAAAGGCAAGAAUGUCUCUGUGCAUGAAGACAUGCUGUGUGCUGGGGACUUCUCGACAGGAAAGGCCGUCUGCCAAGGCGAUUCUGGGGGGCCCCUUGUCUGUGACUUUGCAAGUGCCUGGGUUCUGAUGGGGCUGGCCAGCUGGGGCUUGGACUGCCGGCAUCCCAUCUACCCCAGCAUCUUCACCAACGUCACCCACUUCACCGAGUGGAUCGACGAGGUCCAGAGACUCACGGCUCUCCCUGAACCCAUGCCUCUCCCUGAGCCCACGUCCGCUCCUCCUCAGACCCAGUUUCCACACCAGUCUCUGCAGGCUGCUGCCUCACCGGGGCCCAGUACAGCCUUUGUGCCUCCACAGACCCUGCCACUGCUGCUGUUGGUGCUCGGGGCCCUGCGGCAGGCCCUGCGAUGAGCCGCCAGGCCCCUCUGCUCCUGCUCUCUGCUUCAGGCCCCAGUCUCCUUACUGCAACCUUCCACCCUGCCCCUCCCCCAGCACUAUCAGCUCUCAGUGGUCCCUUCUUGGCUUUCCUGUCCAACAGCUGCUACCCCACAAACCAAGCCUGAA